AUGAGUUCAGCAAAAUCGUAUAAAUGGUAUUUGGAAAACGGUUGUGAAAUUGUGCCACUGAAAAGAGCUUGCAAUAGAGAUUAUGAUUAUUCACUUACUGUGCUAGAUAUUCAAGCUGAUUUUUCUGAAUUUUUAGUUGAAGAGAAUAAUAUUAUAAGUAAUGACAAAAUAGUGAAGGCAGACGAAAGCAUAUUUAAUAUACAGAAGAAACAAUUUCUUCAUAAGGAUAUGAAUAUUUUGGAAAGAGAAAAAUAUGUAUAUGAAAUCGAUCAUUUAUGGGCUUAUAUAGAAUGGCAUUAUAACUUUGAAGAUGAAAUAAGAUUACAAAGAAAUUUAGUAAGUAACAUAAAUAAAUUAAAAAAGGUACCUAAGUUAUAUGUUUCAGCACAUAUAAUUGAAGGUGUUAUUAAUGAGAUGUCUAAAAAUGAGAAUAUUUGUAUAUUAAAAUAUACGACGUUUUCAAGUUUUUAUGAAAAAUAUAAAAAUGAAUUAGAUAAUAUAAAAAUGAAAAAUAAGAACAGUAUAUAUAAUGUGUGUAAUUAUAUAUAUGAAGUUUGUGAUAUUGCAGAUAAAUCUCUUCUUUUUGCGACUAGUCCUGUAAUUAAUACUACUAUGAAAAAUGUAUUAAGUAUAACAAAAAGUGGGAAGAAGAGGGAAGAUUUUAAUGAAGAAGCAGAAAAAGAAAUUAUUACUGAAGAUGAAAUAUGGCAAAUUUAUAUAUCUAAAAGAAUAAAAUGUAUUAAUGAUCAAUGGUUAUUAAUUUGUAUUAAUCAGGAAUUAAAAAAAAUAAUAAAAGAGUCAGGUGAUUUAUAUUUUAAAAUGUUUAAUAGAUAUAUAAAGGAAUAUAAUGAUUUUUUAAAAAGUCAUGAAUAUAAUACAACAGACAAAAAUAAUGACAUGAAUAAUAUGGAUAUUAAAAAUAAUAAUGUUUCAAAAAAUGAUAAUAAUAAUAAUAUUAAUAUUAAUAGAAAGAGUAAUAUAUUUUUAAAAGGAACACAAAAAAAUAUAUUCGAAGUAAAUCAUAUAAAUCAUUAUCUGAACAAUGAAAAGUUAAAGAAAUAUAAAGUAAAUUUAAUUUUUUCAGAAAAUAAAGAUAUUAAUAUUAUUUUAUAUAAAUUAUGUGUAAAUUUAGGUAAAUUUAAUGAUGCAGUUUUAUGUACCAAAAAUAAAACUUAUAAUAUUUUAAUGAAUGAUAUUGAUGGAACAUUAGCUAUAUGUCUUCAAUCAUUUAUAUCAAAAUAUUAUAGAAACAAUUCUAUGGAUAAUUCUGAUAAUAUGGCUAGUAACAGUACAGCUAGUUGUAGUGUUAGCGAUAAUUAUAAUGCAAUAAACACAACUAAUUUUUCUGAUGAUAUAAAUGAAUUGAUAAAGAAUCUUUCUAUUAUGGGGUUGUGUAAAGAGAAAAUAGUUUUAACAGAAAAGGCAACAAUAUUUAAUAACAUUGAAUUAUUAUAUUCAUAUUAUCUUAUAGUUCAAAAUGAAGCUUUAGAUAAUGAUGAUGAAGAAAAUAAAUCAAAUAUAUUAAAUAAUUUAGAAAAGAAUGAAAAGAAUUAUAAUAAUAAUGAUGAUGGGAUUAUAUACUUUAGUAAAAAAGCCCUUUUUGAAAAUUUACAAUUUUCAAAUGAAGAAAUUAGUAGUUAUUUAUUACAUUUACAAAAAUAUAGUACGAAUAAUUUGAUAUAUAUAAAAAAUAAAGGAUUUAGAUAUAUCAAAAGUGAAAUUAUUUACGAAUUCAUAAUUAAACUUAUUGAAUUAAUUAGCAUUAAUGAUGAAAUGUAUGAAUAUCAAUAUGUUCAAAAAAGUCUUAUGAAAAAUUCUCCUUUUAGUAAAUAUCAAGAAGAUUUAUAUAAAAAUGUAAAGAAAAAGUAUGGAAUAAGUUUUACAAAUUUGAUGCAUAUAAUUUAUGAAAAUAUCCAUGAAUUUGAAUUUUUAAAUAAAAAUAAAAUACCUAUAGAAAAAUAUGUUAUUUUACAAUUGUGUUGGAAAUGUUGUGAUAUUGAAAAUAAUCAUUUUGAAUAUUUUAAUAUCUAUUAUAAUUAUUAUUUCUUUUAUGAAUAUUUAAAUAAAUCAUCUAAUGAAUUAUCAUUUGAGAACAUAUUUGAAGAAUAUUUACAAUUUUUAAACAACGAUAUAUAUAUUGAUGAAACCAUUAUAUAUUUCAAUUUGUUUAAAUUACAUAACAUUAUGUCUCUGAAUAUAUUAAGAUCUAGUGGUCAGGUUGUUAUUCAUUCUGAUAAAUUAUUUACAUUUGAUAUGGAUAUAUUUACGCAUAUCAAAUAUAUAGAUGACAAUUUUAAAAAUUUUAAUUCUUCCUUAAUGGAUAAGAUUAUACAAACGUUUAUAAAGAGUUAUCAGUUUUUUCUGGACUUUGGUUAUGAUAAAAGUGGAACGAAUGAAAAAAAUAAUCAGCAUAAUAAUAUUAAUAUGAAUAAUAGUAUAUAUAAUAAUAAUAAUAAUAAUAUCAAUAGUAAUGGUGAUGCUUCUUUAAUCGAUAAUGAAAUUAUUAAUACUGAUAUAUACAAAGAUCGAGUAUUAUUUAGAAAUAAUAUCCUUUUGAAUGUAAAUAAUAUAAAUCAUAUAUGUAACGAUAAUUACAUGUUUGAAUAUUUUAUUGUGGUAAAAUAUUAUUAUAGUGAUAAUAGUUUUGCGUUAUUAGAAAAAAAACUAAAAAAAUUUAUUAAAACAGCAGAAGAAGAAUUUAUGCACACAUAUGAAAAUUCAACAGAUAAAUAUAAUAUGCAUACAAAUUUUAAAUCUAAUUGGGAUAAUAUAAAAAGUAAUUACUGUUUAAAUUAUAAAAUCUUCAAAUAUCAAACAACUUCUUUCCCUCAUAUAAGGCUAAAUAAUAAUUACAAUGAUUUAUUAAAUUUGGUAUAUACUCCUUUAUCUUUACAUUGUUCAAUAUUUCGUGAAAAUGUUAUAUAUAAUAAAAAAAGAAAUACAUUCCAGUUAAUUCCAUCCUUUUUGUUAAAAAAUAAUUUAAGAAGUUGUUUGACGGCAUUGUUUACAUUUAAAAAUUCUUAUUACGCUCAAGAGUUUUAUCCUUUCUUAAAUCCCUUAUUGAAUAAUAAGGAUUUGAUUGGUACUAUAGCAGUACCUCCUUUAAGACACUGUAGGACUAAGUUAGUUGAAAAAGAAAACGAGAACAAUGUUGAAUUUAUAGAAACGAAAAAUAUUGUUUUAUCAACAUUAAAUAAUGAUAUCAAGAAUUAUAAAAUGGGUAGAGAAAAUAAUAACAAAAUUGUUGAAAAGUUGUGCAAAUUGUACAAUUGCAAUUUGCCAGUUAAUAAUUUUUCUACAUAA